GAGCGGUGCCUGGGAGGCACACGCCGAUGCCACAAAGGAAGUGCAGGAGGCUUUUCAUCCCGUGGCCACGGGCCCCACGUUGGUGCUGAAUGUGAUUGCCUAUGUUCCCUUGGUGCUCCUGCUCAACAUGCUUGCAGGUUUCUCCGUGGAAUAUCAGCACUUCAUAGCCCUCUAUUCCCUUUGUCCCACACUUGUUAUGGGCCUUGUGUACUACUACUACCUCUUCCGGGCCAACAUGUGGCAGUUUACAGCUUCUGCUGUGCUGGGAUGGCUGAACAACUGGACGAUGGCCAUGGCUAUCUCCCUGGUUUCCUUCACGCAAGUCGCCAUGCAUUAUGUCCUGCUGCUGUGGGUGGAACGCCUGCUGCCAACGACAUGGCAAGGAUACAUGACCUUCCCCAUGCAGACCAUCGAAAGCUCGGUGCAGAAUGUCGUGCUGUUACUGUACUGCUUCGGAUUUGCGUUGGUAGUAUCUUGCCCAGUGUGGUGUGAGGGCUACCGGAUUUGCAUGGAGAUCGUGAAGCGAGAGGGCGAGCUCAGCAAAACAGAAGCCGUCAUCGAGAUCCUGUACACCACUUCGCAGCUAGCUGUGGUCCUUCAGAAGCAGACAGCACUGGCUAUGAUUCAGAUUCGAUGGGGCUUCCCAUUCCAUUUCAUCCAUUUUGUGGCCGCGAUCGUUGAAAACAUGUUCCUACACCAGAUGGUUCAGUUCAAGUACGCUUGGAUCCACAAGCUGUGCCACGAGGUGCAGCCACUCUAUCGACUUGCACACUUGGAGCACCACAUCUGCAAAGGCACAUACCCCAUCACGCCAGCAGCAGGACUAUGGGAAGUAUGGAUUGAGGGCGGCACCCUUAAUUUUUGCAACACGCUGGCGUGCAUCCCAUACAUUUUUUUCCAUGCUGCCGUCUCUGGCCCCAACGUGGUUGUCCACACCAUGUGGCCUCACAAGUCUCUCGUACAGUGGCACACCCUUCACCAUGUUACGCACAGCGACAUCUAUGCGGUGAACGUGCCGAGCAAGAACGACGAGACCUUCUCCCGCGAUGUGAAGAAGUACAAGGAGCCUUUGCAGU